AUGAGUGCCAGAGCUACGGUUGCCACCCACUGCCAGCCUCCACCAAUGCCUCUCUCUGAAUAUGAAGAGGAACAAGGGCAGUCUGAGAUCUACAUGUGUGUACUGUGGUUUGCUGGAGACCUGGGAAUAACUUAUUAUGACACUGGAGACUGCUCAAUCUACUUCAUGGCUGACACACCAGACAGUGAAGACCUUAAACUCCUUCAAAAAGUAAUUGAUGAAGUACUUCCCCAAUGCAUAUUAAGUAGUGCUAAGCAAGAUUAUACCUUAGCCAAAUUCUUAAACAAUAUAAGUGCCAUGGUAGGAGACAAGCAGGAAGGAGGAAAAACAGAAGUUGUCUACUAUCCAAAUACGGAUUUUUGUUUAGAAGUAAGCAAGCAAAGGAUUCUGUCUAAGCAAUUCCCCUUCAUUCCCUCUCACAUGACGGCAGCUGAGAAAAUCGUCUAUUUGUCCUCCAUUAUACCUUUUGAGAGCCCACUGAUCAUACGAGCAUUAGGAGGACUGUUAAAGUUUAUUGAAAGGAGAAGGGUUGGAGUUGAACUGGAAGAUAGCAGUGUUGGAGUUCCCGUUCUGGCAUUUAAAAAGUUUGUAUUGACAGAUACUAUACAUGUGGAUCAAGACACUUACAGCGUGCUGCAGGUAUUUAAAAGUGAGGUUCAUCCUUCUGUCUAUAAGCAUGCUAGUGGGAAAAAAGAAGGACUCAGUUUAUAUGGAAUUCUGAACCACUGUAGGUGCAAGUGGGGAGAAAAGCUGAUGAGACUCUGGCUGAUGAGGCCCACCCGCAAUGUGACAGAGCUGAACAAACGUCUUGAUGUAAUCCAGUUCUUCUUGUUAGCUCGGAAUCAUGAAACAGUUCUGACCUUACAAGAGUGCCUCAAAAAUAUUAAAAAUGUACCUAUGAUUCUUAGAAGAAUGGCUCUUUCAAAUACAAAGGUAAGUGACUGGCAGGCACUGUACAAAACUGUUUAUAGCGCCAUAUGCCUCAGAGAUACAUGUCGCUCCUUGCCCAGCAUCAUUGAACUUUUCCAGACUAUUUCUCAGGUCUUCACUGACGAUUUGCACUACAUUGCCAGUCUAAUCAGCAAAGUGGUGGAUUUUGAAGCUAGCAUCUCAGAAAAUCACUUCACUGUCAGACCAAAUGUAGAUCCCAUCAUUGAUGAAAAGAAACGGAAGCUAAUGGGGCUCUCAGACUUCCUCACUGACGUGGCCCGAAAAGAACUGCAGGACCUAGAUAAUCAGAUUCCAUCUUGUAGUGUUAUUUAUAUCCCCUUGUUAGGAUUCUUGCUCUCCAUUCCACAGCUGCCCACAAUGGUGGAUAAGACUGACUUUGAGAUUGAGGGUCUAGAUUUCAUGUUCUUAUCAGAGGAAAAGUUGCACUACAGAAGCGCCAGGACCAAAGAACUGGACAGCAUGCUUGGUGACCUGCAUUGUGAAAUAAGAGAUCAGGAAACACUACUCAUGUACCAGCUACAGACUAAGAUACUGGAAAAGUCAGCUGUUCUUAACGAUGUGAUUGAAUGCAUAGCACAGCUGGAUGUGCUCCUGUCCUUGACAGUGAUGGCUCGAGAGAAUGGAUAUACCCGACCUCAUUUUUCUCACUCUCAGAUCAUCCGUAUUAAAGAUGGAAGGCAUCCACUUAUGGAGCUGUGUGCAAAAACUUUUGUUCCCAAUUCAGUGGACAGCACUGAAACCUCUGGCCGGAUCAAGAUCCUUACUGGGCCCAAUUCAUCUGGAAAGAGUAUAUAUUUAAAACAGGUAGGCCUCAUCACAUUUAUGGCUCUGAUUGGCAGCUAUGUCCCUGCUGCUGAGGCUGAGAUAGGGACAGUGGACGGAAUCUACACAAGGAUCCACAGUAGAGAGUCAGUAUCUCUUGGACUGUCCACUUUCAUGAUUGAUCUUAACCAAAUAGCCAAGGCCGUGAACAAUGCCACUGAAAGGUCCUUGGUGCUCAUAGAUGAAUUUGGCAAAGGUACAAACACAGUGGAUGGCCUCUCUCUUCUGGCUGCGGUGCUAAGGUAUUGGAUCAGACAAGCAACCCAGUGUCCACACAUUUUUGUUGCCACUAAUUUCCACAGCUUGAUACAGCUGAGGCUUCUGCCAGACGCUUCCCAAGUGCAAUACCUGACCAUGGACACCCACCAAGAUGGAGAUGAGCUUGUGUUUUUUUAUCAGAUCAAAGAAGGUGUCUCCACUGUCAGCCAUGCAGCCAAUAUUGCAGCUUUGGCUGGCAUGCCUCCUAAAGUGAUUGCCCGAGGAGUAGAAGUAUCAGAGCUGCUCCGCAAUGGAAAGCCUAUCAAACGUACCGACCAUUCUUCUAAAGAGAAACAGUUGGAAAGUUGCAAAUCUCUAGUGGAUAAAUUCCUUUCCCUAGAUCUUGAUGACCCCCAACUGGAUUUAAAGGAGUUUAUGAAUCAAGAGGUGCUGACAUCUGCAUCUUCCAUUCUUUAA